UCGCUGCUAAGAGGACUGAGGACCCCAGCAGGGAGGGACACGGAGGGCGGUGUAUCCCCGAAACUGCUUUUGCAAGUCAGCAUCAUGCUGCUAUUCCUGCAAGUAUUGAACAAGCAUGGGAUUUGAAUAUUACACUCCUAAAUAAAUGAAUUGCUCAAUUUCCUGUGACCAUCUAUACAUACUCCAUCUUCAGAAAGUUUACCAAUAUUCUACCAUAAAGGGGACAGUGAUCUUUUUUCCAAUAUGUAUGACAUUUCUGGACAAGACAAUUGUGACACAAGCACUUAUUUCCAUGAAGAAAAACUUUGCAGUUUUAUGGCAUUCAUCAUUUGACAAAUGCAACUAUUUUCCUUAUCAAUCAACUCUUACUGAACUUCCUAGCAGUCACUGUGGAAUCCUUAAGGACCCAUUAAAUUUCUGAAGAAGGAAGCUAAGAUGAAGGACAUGCCACUCCGAAUUCAUGUGCUACUUGGCCUAGCUAUCACUACACUAGUACAAGCUGUAGAUAAAAAAGCGGAUUGCCCACAAUUAUGUACAUGUGAAAUCAGGCCUUGGUUUACACCCAGAUCCAUUUAUAUGGAAGCAUCUACUGUGGAUUGUAACGAUUUAGGUCUUUUAAAUUUCCCAGCCAGAUUGCCUGCUGACACACAGAUUCUGCUCCUACAGACUAACAAUAUUGCAAAAAUUGAAUACUCCAUAGACUUUCCAGUAAACCUUACCGGCCUGGACUUAUCUCAAAACAAUUUAUCUUCAGUCACCAAUAUUAAUGUAAAAAAGAUGCCUCAGCUUCUUUCUGUGUAUUUAGAGGAAAACAAACUAACUGAGCUUCCUGAAAAAUGUCUGUCUGGACUGAGCAACUUACAAGAACUCUAUAUUAAUCACAACUUGCUUUCUACAAUUUCCCCCGGAGCUUUUAUUGGCCUACAUAAUCUUCUUCGACUUCAUCUCAAUUCAAAUAGAUUGCAGAUGAUCAACAGUAAGUGGUUUGACGCUCUUCCCAAUCUGGAGAUUCUGAUGAUUGGGGAAAAUCCAAUCAUCAGAAUCAAAGACAUGAACUUUAAGCCGCUUAUCAAUCUUCGCAGCCUGGUUAUAGCUGGUAUAAACCUCACAGAAAUACCAGAUAAUGCCUUGGUUGGACUUGAAAACUUAGAAAGCAUCUCUUUUUACGACAACAGGCUUAUUAGAGUGCCCCAUGUUGCUCUCCAAAAAGCUAUAAACCUCAAAUUCUUGGAUCUAAAUAAAAAUCCCAUUAAUAGAAUACGGAGAGGUGAUUUCAGCAAUAUGCUACACUUAAAAGAGUUGGGAAUAAAUAAUAUGCCUGAGCUGAUUUCCAUCGACAGUCUUGCUGUGGAUAACCUGCCAGAUCUAAGAAAAAUAGAAGCUACAAACAACCCAAGGUUGUCUUACAUUCACCCAAAUGCAUUUUUCAGACUACCCAAGCUGGAAUCACUCAUGCUGAAUAGCAAUGCCCUUAGUGCCCUGUACCAUGGUACAAUUGAGUCUCUGCCAAACCUCAAGGAGAUCAGCAUACAUAGCAAUCCCAUCAGGUGUGAUUGCGUCAUCCGUUGGAUUAAUAUGAACAAAACCAACAUUCGAUUUAUGGAGCCAGACUCACUAUUUUGCGUGGACCCACCUGAAUUUCAAGGCCAAAAUGUUCGGCAGGUGCAUUUCAGGGAAAUGAUGGAAAUCUGUCUCCCUCUUAUAGCUCCUGAGAGCUUUCCUUCUAAUCUGGAUUUAGAAGCUGGGAGCUAUGUUUCCUUGCAUUGUAGAGCUACUGCAGAGCCACAGCCUGAAAUCUACUGGAUAACACCUUCUGGCCAAAAACUCUUACCUAAUACUCUGAAAGACAAGUUCUAUGUACAUUCUGAAGGCACACUAGAUAUAAAUGACAUAACCCCAUCAGAAGGGGGCCUAUAUACUUGCAUAGCAACUAACCUGGUUGGUGCUGACUUGAAGUCUGUUAUGAUCAAAGUGGAUGGUUCUUUUCCCCAGGAUAACAAUGAGUCCUUAAAUAUUAAAAUAAAAGAUGUUCAGGCCAAUUCAGUUCUGGUGUCUUGGAAAGCAAGCUCUAAAAUUCUCAAAUCCAGUGUUAAGUGGACAGCCUUUGUCAAGACUGAAAAUUCCCAUGCUGCCCAAAGUGCUCGAAUACCAUCUAAUGUCAAGGUGUAUAAUCUUACUCAUCUGAACCCAUCAACUGAGUAUAAAAUUUGUAUCGAUAUCCCCACCAUCUAUCAAAAAACCAGAAAACAAUGUGUAAACGUCACCACAAAAGGUUUGGACCCUGAUCAAAGAGAAUAUGAAAAGAGUAACACCACAACCUUUAUGGCCUGCCUUGGAGGUUUACUAGGGAUUAUUGGUGUGAUAUGUCUUUACAGUUGUCUCUCUCAAGAAAUGAACUGUGAUGGUGGACAUAGCUAUAUGAGGAAUUACUUACAGAAACCAACCUUCACAUUUAGUGAGCUUUAUCCUCCUCUAAUCAACCUCUGGGAAACAGGCAAAGAAAAAAGUACAGCAUUGGAAGUGAAAGCAACUGUUAUAGGAGUGCCAACAAAUAUGUCCUAAAAGCAACUAACUAAACCUACUUCAAAGAAAAGCUUAAGACUGCAGCUGUGCUUGGAAAAAAAAAAGGCAGAGAAAUAUUGCUUUCUAGAAAGAAGUUUAAGAUUCACCAAUGCUGCUCCUGACCAAGGGAAAUAUGUACAAGUUCAGCAUUUUAAUUAACUGGCUUCAAAGGGUACUGUGGCAACCAAAUAAAAUAAUUCCAUUUUCUAGAACUUUCAUGUAACUUUUAUGUCUGGACUACAGUUAAAGUGGACAAAAACAUUUCUGUAUUUUUUUUAAGUAUAUAAGAGUAGUUGAACUGAGCAAUACCUCCUCCUGUGUUGUAUUACACAUAUUAGCCACGAGUUUUUGCAGUGACUAGGUAACUUGAAUUGACACGUGGUGUAAUAAAAUGGACAAAUUCUGUAGAGUAGACACAGUGAGUAUGUGGGCCUCUUUUAUAAGAAAAAAAUACAUUUUGGAUUAAAACCAAUUGCUUUUGUCUUGUUUUUGUUUCUAAAUAAA